AAAACUUAGCCAUUUAUGACGCAUUUCAAAGUAAAUAUUUAUUUUCACAAAUAAUGAGGGACUAAACACAAACAUUUGUUUACGUUUUAAAAUAAUUAAGGUCAUUAUAAUUGUGUAAUUACUUAUUAAAAAUAUUUAAUAAGCGACCAAUAUGGCUCUCCUGAGCAAGACCCGUGAAACCAAGAUUUUCACUUUUUAAAUGCAUAAUACCGCCUUGUUAUGCAUUAAUACGCGGACAAGUACAGGUGUAACCGUAGAGGCAUGCGAGCACAUGUGAUGGAUAAGAGUACUGAAGGAUUCCUUCACGACGGAGUGAAUUACGAGGAUGUAGAAGUGAGAAGAAGGAAGAAGAAGCAGCAUCACUCCAGACCUUCCACAUCUCAGAUGGUCCAUAAUGCUAUCACACAAAUCGGCUCUAAGGAAAAAGGCGCCUCCGUGCAGAAGAUAAAGAAGUAUAUUUACGCUAACUACAAGGUGAACUUGAACAAAAUCGAUUUAUUCAUUAACAAGUAUAUGAAGAAAGGUGUGAGGGACGGACGGCUGAUCAAGAGCACAGGCUUCCGUAACGGCGCUAUCGGCUUUUUUAAAAUAGCCGCUAAACCCAAGCCUGAUUUCUCCGAGAAGCGGACACUAACCCCCGAGAAGAGGAAGAGGAAGAGGCUGGAGAAGCAAGUACCGGUGAUCAGCCAGGUGGUGUCUGAGGGAGAGAUAGACAGUAGUAACAGCAGUAACAGCCAGCUGUCACCUGUCAGUUCCUUCACUACUGUCAUGGAUCUUAUUGAUGAUGUCUCUCUACAACCUCUCACUUCUUCACAGUUUGUUAAUCCCUUGAGAAUGCACUAUAAACAGAAUGAUAUUGAAAAGAUAUGGGAUCUUGUUAGCUUACAUGAAAGUGUGUCUAUCAUCAUAUUCAAUGUGGACAAGCAAAAACUAAUCCUUGGACAGUUCAGACCAGCGGUGUACUACAGUGGCAUACCCCCAGAGGAGCGUGCAUCGAGCACUAUAAAUACAGCCAAGUAUCCAGGAAUAAGAGGUCUUACUCUGGAAUUCUGUGCUGGUAUUGUGGACAAAAGUAAAGAACUUGUACAAAUUGCCAGAGAAGAGGUGCUCGAAGAAUGUGGUUAUGAUGUCCCUUUGGAACAUUUUGAAAAAGUCAUAACUUACAGGUCUGGUGUGGGAGUAUCUGGUGAUCGUCAAACAAUGUUUUACGUAGAAGUGACAAACAACAUGAAAGUAACUGAAGGUGGUGGCUUAGCAGCGGAAGGCGAGAUGAUUGAAGUGGUGGAGUUGUCCUUGGCUGAACUAAAAGUUUUAUUGAAGCAAUCAGAAGUGAACUGUCCUGGAGGCCUUCUGUUUGGUCUAAUGUGGUUUUUGCAACAUAAAGCACCUCAAGAGUAGCAUAUCAGUAUUAUAUGCACAACACAAAUUGAAGGACCUCAUAUUUUUGUACAAAUACUCUACAGCCAUUUUUUAAUAUACAAGAAAAACAUUAUUUUAUCACUAUGGCUGUGUAAUUCUCUUGUUAAUCACACCUCAUUAAUCCUGAAUCAUAGGGACCAGGAGCUUUCCAAUAAGAUUUUCUGAUCGACACAAGGAAAGUGUUGCCGAGCAUAAUUCCUUUGAGGGGGAAGAGGGUUGACGAAGUCGAAAGGUUUCUAAAGAACAAAAGGGCACAAUACACAAAUAACCUGCACAUAGGAAAGAGGAGCUUACAACGAUGUUUUGGUCCGACUUUGGACUAUUUACAAAGCCUAAGUGUAGGUUAUUUAUGUACUGAUUACCUGUAACCCUUAAGGGUUUAGUUCUCCAUGAGUAUGAUUACAAAAGCAUGGAGGUUGAGCUCUUGUUAGUAGCAGUCGUAGUUUGAAAAAAAAAAAAUUGUGUAUUAAUGGCGAAACGUAAAUAAUGAAUAAAGCCAGGACUUGGCAACCAUGGGAGAAGUUUCUAGGGACUUCCAUGGAUUGUAUUUCUGAAAGGUAUCUUAGGUUCACAGUAGGAAAGCCCUGAAGCAGCAAAGGUUGGAGGGCAGCAAGUGUAGACAUCCUCAGUGAUGUCUAGCCCAAAUGUGUAAUUGCCAGAGGUGGUAUCAUGAGAUAUACUACAUUUGCAAAGGCAUUGUCUUGGUUCAGAAUCUUUCAGGAAGUGUUUAUUCGUGGGGAAGAGUGUGUGGGUAGUGCUAAACCCAUGUGGAUAACAUGGCACUAAUUAUUAUUAUUAUUAUCAAAACUAAGCACUAAACUUCCGGGGUCAUGUGUCACUGCAUGGCACUAAACAGUAGAAAAUUAUUGCAACCAAAAC